GGCUCUCUGGUCACACUCAGCGAACAUGGCGGCAAUGUUGGAACAAACAGCCGAACUGUAGUGCCAUCAAAAUGAGGUAAGUUUUGACUUGCGGAAAGAGAUACAAUAUCCCACCACCUUCGCUAAACUCUUACUGGUGGCUGUAACACACAUUUGCUGUCAGAUAAUUUAAUUCGAUGUAUUUUUCUUUGCAGUUUCAGUGUUUGUGGAUUCAGGCAGCGGUCUGAGAAAACUUUGUGGCAACUACUCAAACUUCUUAACCAUUAUCAGGCAGUGCCUCAUCUUCAACAGAUCAUCAUAGUCUGGAAUUGUAGCAACAAACCAUAUGGAAAUUUUUAUCACUUGACAGCAUGUUGUCCUCCACAUGCUCGCAACACAGUUUGUGUAUUAGUUAAUGAUGGACUCCUAGUGUUCAUUUUUCAGGUUAUAUCCCUAUGAUAGUCCAGAUUUAAUUGUAAAAACACAUUUCCUUUUCAAACAAAUGCAAAGGAAGGACCUCUUUCUGUUUCAUAACAUUUUUAAAGCCUGUAUGGAGUUUGUUAAAGAAUGAUGUCAGCAUACCCUGUGUCAUAAUGGCAAACACAGAGUCCAUUGUAAGGGAUUUGUCCUAUAUAUGUGUUAAUCUCACUGUCUAUGUGUUAAUCUCUUCAUAUGCAGGUCCCUCCGUUGCUGCAGGUUUCCCAGGCGGAUUUAUAUAUUUUGGCCAAUCCUACUGCUACUCCUGGUUGGUGCGGCCCUGACAGCCCUGCUUCCCCCACCUGAAGACCCAGGAGGCCUGGGUGUCCUCGGAGUGCUACGGCGGGCCACCACUCGUAAAGAAAAACCUGCAGAGAUCCACAAUGCUGCCAGUGAAGAGAAGGAGCAGAGAUUUACCAUUGUUAUCCAGACUUACAACCGCACAGAUGUUUUGCUCAAACUCCUUAACCAUUAUCAGGCAGUGCCUCAUCUUCAACAGAUCAUCAUAGUCUGGAAUAACAUCGGGGAAGAGACACCAAUGAAGUUGUGGAGCUCUUUGGGACCUCAUCCUGUUCCUGUAGUCUUCAAGGAGCAGAUUAGCAAUAAGAUGCGCAACAGAUUACAACCAUUCUCUGAGAUUGAUACUGACGGUCAGUUUAUCUAUCAGCUCAUCAUUUAUGUAAAAAAACAUACAGACAUCCAAAUUCUAUCAUAUUUCUCCCCCAUCAUGAAUUUGAUGGUUUGUUUUGUUUCUUAGCUGUCCUAAUGCUGGAUGAUGACACCCUAGUCAGUGUUCCUGACAUCAGUUUUGCCUUCUCAGUCUGGAAGGUAAUUCCAGGGAUAAUAUGAAAGAAAUACAGUUUUGUUUAUCUUGAUAAUUAACUUGGUUAUUCUUUGCACUUGAUCAUACAAAAAUGGCAGCUAAAACCCUUUUUUUCUAUCUAUUUACAGCAAUUUCCAGGCCAGAUUGUUGGGUUUGUCCCACGAAAGCAUGUAGCAACACCAAGUGGGGUGUACAGUUAUGGCAGUUUUGAACUGCAGGACCCAGAAAAGGCUGGAGGUGACAUGUAAGUAGAGUAUUUUCGUCACAAAAAUCUACAUCUGCUGCUUUUUUGGAUUAGUUAUGAAUUAAUGUGACAAUAUCUGUCUGCUGUUUUAUUUUAAUCCACUUUACAGGUACUCCAUGGUGCUGAUUGGUGCUGCUUUCUUCAACAGACGCUACUUGCAGCUUUUCCACGAACAACCUCAAGCAGUGCAUGCACUAGUGGACGAAACACAAAAUUGCGACGACAUUGCCAUGAAUUUUGCUGUCGCACUACAUUUGCGAAAAGAAUCAAAGUCUUCAGGCAGCUUUGACAGACCAUCUGGAGUCUUUGUUAAACCCGUGGACCUCAGAAACUUGGAAAAAGAGGCUAGCAGUGGAUACCAGGGUAUGUGGCAUCGUCCUGAACACCUUCUUCAGAGAUCUUACUGCCUGAACAGGCUGACACAGAUCUAUGGCUCCAUGCCACUCAGCUUCUCCAACCUGAUGGUGUCUCAGUUUGGCUUUCCAAGCUAUGCUAACCACAAGACCAGAGGCUAAGGAGCUGCCUCACUGCAGGCCUCUACGGGUUGGAAGUUGAUGCUCUCAGGUUGCAGUCUGGUAAGUCAGAGUCUUGUUAGUUUUAUUUCACCCAUCUUGGCUAAAUACCACUUCUGUCACCAAAUUAACAGGAUGAAUUUACCACGUUUCCCUCACAUAUUUCCCUCCUGCUUUUUUAUUUCAUAGUACUGGGCAGUUUCAUGAACAUUCCACCACAAACCAAGAGCAUGGACUGUCAAAGACUUUUCUACACACAGUCCAGACUGAUUAAACGUCCACAUUUAAAAAGGUAAACUGUCUGUUGUUACCAAAGCUACCUUUACCUUCAUUGUUUACAGCUCUCAGUGGAUUUAAGUGCAGCUAUCCUAUAACCAACAUAACUCAGUCUGACAUCUGCUGCUUGGAUUAAUUGUCUUGUAAAUUUAUGUGCAGUAUUAAAAUACCAAAAUGCAGGUCAACCAAUAUGGUUUUUAUAAAGAUAUAUUUCUAACUUUUUUUUACAGAGUUUGUCACUCUCGUAGGGAAUUUUUGUGCUAAAAGUUUAAAUUAAAGUUGAAUAAUAGGGCCAUUCUUAUUUUACAUAGUGCCAAAAAUAAUAAAAGUGCAGCACUAAUUAUCAGUUAUGCUUAUUCUCAAACUUAGCUUAUGAUUAGGUGCAGAUCUAUGCACGCAGAGACAAUCUUUUUUUUUUUUUAAAUGUGUACGUGUGUCCAGUUUGUAGGACUGUAUCGUGAUUCAGUCAAAUAAAAACAUCAAUUUUCUCUUCUACCAUCAUUUGUGAAUGAAUUCAUUGCUACAGUAUUUGUUAAAAACUAAUAAUUAUGUACAUCUUAGGUCAAUAUCUUAAAAGUACUGGAUGACUUGAGAAUCGGUUGAUGGUGCUGGACCCAGCAGGGACAGUGGUCUUAAUCCAAAUACUUUAAAAAGCAUCCUUUGGUUUGUGUGGCUACACAGCAAAAUUUAUAACAUAUUGAUUUAUGUCUUCUGACAGUACAUCUCUUUAACAGCGUUUAUUUUAAGACCAGAUUGAGAUGAGACAACUUUUUUAAAUACUCAGUAUUGACCAAAUAGUAUUGUCAAAAAUAACUCUGUUAAGUCUUUGGAACAGAAAUACGAAAAAAUGGACAUGUAACUCUUACUGCUUUAACUCCAGUUUAAUGAGAACAUAAGCCAGCCCUCAGCACUGUACACUGCACUGAAUUCAGCAAAUAAUUUGAUCACUGAAUUGUGUCAGCAUACAGUUCUUAAUACAACUGCUUUUACAAAUAUAAACAGGAAAAAACAACAUAUGGACAACAAGUGUGAUGUGUUUAGUGUCUUCAGAGGUAGCAGAGAGAUGAUAUUGUAGUUCCUUGACAUUGAGGUCCUUGUAGGGCAGGAGAUCUUACAGUAUCAGUCUACAAAGUAAACAUCUGGAUUGCAACACAAGGUGUGACCUUUUAACCUAUUCUUUUACAUGUCAAUUUCCUGCACACUGUCAAAUCAGCUCAUGCUUAUUACAUACCCUCAGUGAAAAACUAUAUUUAUUAUUAAAGAAUAAAAUCCAAGUCUUCACUGGUGCAAAAAGGAGUUUGUGUAUAUCCUGAGAUAGCUCUAGACCCCAGUUCUUUGUAAAGCAUCAGAGAGACCAUCUAAAAGUCUCAUCGUGGUCCAGGUCCAGCACCGCUGACUCCAGGUCCACCUCCUGGCCUGGAUCCACCGGAGACUGGUGAGCGCAUGUCAUGCCACAGCUUCACAAGAGGCUCUCUUUUCCUCCAAAUCAAUUUGUGACCAUACGCCACAUACCAUCUGUGGGAAAAGAUAUAUGGAGAGUAAUAACAUGUUCUCACUGUGGGACAAGACAGCAGUCUGGGACAGCUCAGGAACACCCAAUUUAAGACGAUCUAAUUACAACUUUAUCAAACAGAUCAGUGAGAUUAUAACUCAGCAUUAAGCAACAUUACAGUGAGUUGUUAAUUUUAAUGCAAUAAUUUCAUAAUACCAACCAAAAUAUAUUUAAGAUCAAUUAUUCCAACUUGUUUUAGACUUUUGUGAAGUGAAACAGGGAAGUUUUUCAAACACAUACUCUCGGGAAAGCAAAAACCAACUUCUUCUGGGUCUUACUAGUUUAGAAUUGUUGACUGAUUUAUUUCCUGUUUAUUUCAUGUUAUCAUUGGUAUCAUCUUCGUCGAUACCAAUGUCGAUACCUUUGUCUAUCGUCACCAGGAUUUAUAUAUUUGAUACAAAAUAAGUCAUUAAAUAAAUGAACCCAUACUACUGCAACUCUUAAGACAUGCCAACACAGGUCAAAAAGUGGAGCUGAAUUGAGCUUUGGUUGAAUGCCUGACCAAUGGGCCAAGGCUCCACCCUGUGUUCAAAGUCAGAAUUACAUGCAAUAAUAAAAAUGUGUUCCCAUAUGAACCACAAAGAUUGAGGCUCGUACUCAAAUUAAAUAUAGACAGGAAAUAGAAAUCUUAUAAUUGGAGUGUGCACCACAUUUCCCCAAUAUGACCAGCUCAUGUACUCAGAUGGCUGCUUGCUUGAAAACUAGACACUUCAUUCAUAUUUCUCUGAUUAUUCAACACAUCUUAAAAUUGUCAACCAACUCUAGUGCAAACCACUGACCAACUGUGAUACUUUGCUUGGAAAGCUGCAGAAAAUGCAUGUGUGUUGAAAACUAACGAAGCAAAGCGUCUUCUGCUGGUCAACCUGUAUUUUUAUAAUCUGCUCCAAGUGUUUUCUACACUUCAUCAGAAAACAUGAGCAGUCAUACUAUGGAAUAUUUGUGUGAAGUGCUCAUCUCUUGUUCUAAUAUUUUGAACACUUAGAUCAACAGUAUAAGAAUAAUAUUUUUUCUUAAAUAAAAUUCAGUAAAUACAAUACAUUAAAUAAUUUUUACAUCACUUACACUCCAAAGAGAGCUCCACCAAGGUGAGCUGCGUGAUCGAACAGCCGCCACCCCAGAAUGAGCCCCGCUGUAUCCAUGGCAAUGAGCGUCUUCAGUGCCUAAUGACGGAUGACAAACCACACAUUGAUUGCACCCAUGCCCUGCAGUAAAUCUACAACAACUGUCCCUCUAUCAAGCAUUCAGACAUGCAUACUUAAACAUUCACUCACACACAAUGGACUUUGUUUGUUUUGCUCAUGCACAGAUUUACGUUACCUGUCUGCAGCAAAAAUACAACAUGUUUAUUGAUAACCCAACUAUUGUAAUGUACAGGUACACUCAACAGGAGUAGCGAUGCAAAACAAGAAAAUAGUACACAUACAUUAAGACUGUAUGACUUACAUUUCCUGCUGUAAAAGUGACCAUGGGGAGGAAGAUGAUGCCUAGUUUGGCCUCUGGCACCUUCGCACAGACUGCAGCCAGCACUGCCAUGACAGCACCUGACUAUUGACCACACAGAGAUUCAAUUAAAACAAUUACUGUGAUUGUACUGUUUUUGUUCAGUGUGAUAAAGAUUUAAGAAAAUAUUUUACCGCUCCUAAUGAUGGAUAGAGACGUCCAGUGGCUGUUUUGCACAUGUAGCUAACCAUAGUGGAAAUCACACCUAAAAACACACAUUGUUGUUUACUCUAAGUUAACCUGCUAUUAUCUAAUACUGUGUUAAAUAUUCAUAAACUUCACUUUUAUUCAGCUGCAUAUAGAAAGACCACUCUCAAAUAUUUUAGCCAACUCACCAGCAGACAUGUAGACUGCAAGAAACUGCUCUUUUCCUAAAAGAGAGACAAUUCCUGAUGAGAAUGUCCACAGGACAUACAUGUUGGCUACCAUGUGGAUGAUGGAGUAGUGGCUGAAGGAUGACAAGAUCAUGGGAAGGCAACGCGUUUCUGGGAACAGAGAAAAAUGGAAGACAAGACAAGGAUAACCUUUAUUGGUCCUGGGUAAGUGUCAUGUACUAUUUAUUUAACUAUUUCACGAAAAAAGGAAGAAUAGGUCUACCUACUGGAGGCAGGGUUGGAUGUGAAGUACUUAACCAUGCUUCUUUGCAUAGAUGGAAUCCGCCAGCAACACAGGACAAUGGCAUUGACAGCAAUGAUACCUGGGAAAAUAUUUAGGAAAGCUCAGAACUCUAAAGAAACAGUUAGGGUUAAUUUGCAUAAGAUUAUAAAGCCUUAAUUUUUUUUCCAGUAAAAUAAGUUACCCGUGACUGUUCUCUGUCCCUCUGAAAGGCUGCUCCAGAAGUCAUCCACCAUAGACAUCAUGAGGAUGAGUUGUCGCUGGAAACUGGACAGCUGGUUCCACCAGUCAUGCCAGUAAGCCAUAUCCUGAGAGCCCUGGUGAGACAUUUAAAGCUGUGUUGUCCAGAGAGCUGAUGGCAGCUGAUAAAUCUAGAAGUUUUGAAUAUCAACAUGUUUACCUGAACUAAUUUUUCUGACUCCUCCUCUUCUUUAGCGGACUGAACUCUCGACUUCAAGGUCUCAUACUGCAGAAUCGCGGCAGCACCAAAGGAGCAGCCUGUAAACUAACAUGGAGUCAGAAAACACCCAACAAACACCUUCCUAAUGUCCCAAGACUCACUGGUAUGUGCAUACAUCUGUUUUUAUUUUUAUAUUUAAAAUAUUAAAAGACCUACCCCUACAGUGAA